UUAGGCACCAGGAAAAAAACUUUGUGAGUGUAAUAAAUGACAUCUUGUAUUCAACCGCUACUAAAUGAAAUCAAUUAUUUUCAAAGAAAGAAAAGAACCACCAGUGAAGACAACAUGACAUGCACAGGCAAUGAAAAACAGUAGCAUCUCUGCAAUGCAAAGGAAUGUUCUUCAGAGAAAAGCAGUGCUGGUCAUUCAACUCUCAGGUUUACAAUUGAAAAAGUUCCCACUGGAAACCUCUCUAUCCCGCAAUCCAUGUGACUUGCACUGCACCACCUCUGAUGGUCAAAGACAGUUGAUGGUACCUGCACGUGAUGGAACAUCUUGCAAGUACAGCAACUACAGGGGUGUGUGUGUAAAUGGGAGAUGUGAACCCAUUGGAUGUGAUGGUGUCCUCUUCUCCCCCAACACUCUGGAUAAGUGCAGCGUGUGUCAGGGAGAUGGGAGCAGCUGCACUCGCAUUACUGGGAACUUUCGCCAUGGGGCUUCUAGUUUAGAAGGAUCAUGGGACAGCCAGAUUAUAGAGAGGAAGAAGUCUGCAGAUAUCUUGGGUCUGGAACCAAAAUGGCCAAAAUCCUCAUAUCACCUACGAGUACACAGUGAUGAGGGAAUCUAUGGCUUCUGUCUCCCAACCCCCCAUUUACACGGGCCCCCAAGGAGGAUCCAGUGUGGUGUCUGUGGAAAUCGGGAGUGUUUUACACCAUAAUGAGAGCAUGUAUGAUAAGACAGUCCCUGAGAUGAAGGGAAACCAGGGGAACUGCAGCUGGAGUGGAGUAGGAGCCCCUGGUGUAGGACCCGCGAGCAGACCUGCGGAGGACAUAGGAAACUCUGAAAACCUCAUCUGGAGAAUGCUGCUGGGAGAGCGGAUUGGCUCCAAUGGUGUUCUUCCCAACAUCUCAACCAAUCAGCUUCUUACUCGAAGAGAUGGCUUUUUCUCUGAAGGCCCAUGGUGUUAGACUACAGCAGUCUUGAGCAAGCGGGUCUUAAUGGCUCACUGCUUGAGGUCACCAUCGGGCAUCGGCGAAAUGACACAGGGGACGUCCUGCUCCUAAACAGAACUGCUACUUCCUUUUCACGCAAUUGCAGCAAUCGCACCAGGUAAACAUGAUCAUGUACAUUACCAUAUUUGUUUUGUCUCUUAUGCUUACAAAAACACAGUACAUUUUCUGAAAUACCAU